AUGUCGGAGGAGUGCGGACGGAUUGCAGCCCUGGCGGCCGGGAGGAGUCGGAAAGGCGCCGGGGAAGAGGGACUGGUGAGCCCCGAGGGAGCGGGGGACGAGGACUCGUGCUCCUCCUCGGCCCCGCUGUCCCCGUCGUCCUCGCCCCGGUCCAUGGCCUCGGGCUCCGUCUGCCCCCCUGGCAAGUGUGUGUGCAACAGCUGCGGCCUGGAGAUCGUGGACAAGUACCUUCUCAAGGUGAAUGACCUGUGCUGGCAUGUUCGGUGUCUCUCCUGCAGUGUCUGCAGGACCUCCUUAGGAAGGCAUACCAGCUGUUACAUUAAAGACAAAGACAUUUUCUGCAAACUUGAUUAUUUCAGAAGGUAUGGAACUCGCUGCUCUCGUUGUGGGAGGCACAUCCACUCUACUGACUGGGUCCGGAGGGCCAAGGGGAAUGUCUAUCACUUGGCAUGCUUUGCCUGCUUUUCUUGCAAAAGGCAGCUUUCCACGGGAGAGGAGUUUGCUUUGGUGGAAGAGAAAGUCCUCUGCAGAGUGCAUUAUGACUGUAUGCUGGAUAAUUUGAAAAGAGAAGUGGAAAAUGGUAAUGGGAUUAGUGUUGAAGGUGCCCUCCUCACAGAGCAAGAUGUUAAUCAUCCAAAACCAGCAAAAAGAGCUCGGACCAGCUUUACAGCAGAUCAGCUCCAGGUCAUGCAGGCACAGUUUGCUCAGGACAACAACCCAGAUGCACAGACUCUCCAGAAACUGGCAGAAAGGACAGGCUUGAGCAGACGUGUGAUACAGGUGUGGUUUCAGAAUUGUAGAGCACGCCACAAGAAACAUGUCAGCCCUAACCACUCCUCCUCAGCCCCGGUCACAGCAGUACCACCCUCCAGGCUCUCUCCACCCAUGUUAGAAGAAAUGGCUUAUUCUGCCUAUGUGCCCCAAGACGGGACGAUGCUAACUGCGCUGCAUAGUUACAUGGAUGCUCAUUCACCAACAACUCUUGGACUCCAGCCCUUGUUACCCCAUUCAAUGACACAACUGCCAAUAAGUCAUACCUAA